UUUUAUCUCUCAAACCCCUCCCCACUUCCCAUGUCAGACAGCACCAAGCCCGCGGAAAACGGCAAUGGCCCGGCGGCCAAAAAGAGCCUGAGCGUGAACGACUAUGUGCCCACAGGUAUGGCAUUGGAGGAAUUCCACAAGCUGUCGCGCAACCAGCAGAAAAAAGUGAUGCAGACCGAGCAAUGGGCACUGCAUGCAGACGAGUACAAGGAGAAGCAGCGGGAGAAGGCACGCGAGAGCCGCAAGCGCAAGCGCGCACGGCAGGCGGACGCUCGGCCCCAGGAAAAGGUGGAGCAGACGGAAAGCACAGUGCGGAUAGUGCUGGACAUGGACUUUGACGACAAGAUGAACGACAAGGAGGUCAAGUCGAUGUGCUCGCAGGUGAUGCGCUGCUACGCGGUCAACCGGCAGGCCAAAAGGCGCGUCAACCUGCAUAUCACCAAACUGCAUGGCCGCGGCAGCGAGCGGUUCGCGACUGCACUGAAGGACCACAAGAUGUGGAGCAAGGAGCAUAUCACGUUUGACGACCGCGAGUAUAUCGACAGAUUCCAGAAGGAUGAGCUGGUGUAUUUGACGGCGGACUCGGACAAUGUGGUUGAGGAGCUGGAUCAGAACACGGUGUAUGUGGUGGGCGGGAUUGUGGACAAGAACCGGUACCCGAAGCUGACGCUGGACAAGGCGCAGCAGCAGGGCAUCAGACAUGCAAGGCUGCCGAUUGGCGAGUACGUGAAGAUGUCGACGCGCAAGGUCAUGACAGUGAACCAGAUCUUCGAGAUGCUGGUGAAGUUUGUCGAGACCGAGGACUGGAAGACGGCGUUCAUGGAGACGAUCCCGCAGCGCAAGUUCACCGAGGAAGAUAAGACAAGUUGAAAAAAUAUAUUGAUCCUUUU